GCCCCCAAUGGGACCCAGCCCUGAGUUGCUCGAGGUUCCUGCUUUUCCGAUCUCCCUCUUUGGACUAGAGCCAAGCGGGUUAAAGGAACAGCGCCUGGAGAGCUGGGGGCACCAAUCCUCUUUCACGGGAGGCGCGUGCGCAAAUGGACUCACGACCUCUCAGUGACCUUUGACCGCCGGCGGCCUCUUUCCCCCCUCCCGCUGUGUUAAGAUGGCGCUGUCCAGGGUCUACUGGAGACGCGUCUCUCUGGGUGGUGCGGCCGUUCCCCUGGGACCCCUCUUCUCUUUGCGGCUGCACCCUGGGCGCCGGAGCCCGGCCUGGGGCCCUCCUAGACCUUCCAGGCUCCACCUCUCCCCAAAGCUAGAUGUGAAGAGCAUUGUCUCUUCUCUCGUGGCCAAGACCAAGGUGGUCAAUGAGAAAUAUAAUCGCUUCUUGGAGCAUCGCUUCCCCCGAUUCUUUGUCGUGUAUUCAGCCUUCACGAAAGGAUUUCGGAUGCUUUUGGCUGAUGCAAAAAAGACUAGAAGAAUAAAAGCAUUUAUGUCCCAGAAAAAAUUAAUGUUUCAUCAGCUCUCAUACCGGGACAUGGAACAUUUGAGACAGUUUCGACGAGAUGUCGCCAAGUGUCUUUUCCUGGGCAUCAUUUCCAUCCCACCCUUUGCCAACUACCUGGUCUUCCUGCUGAUGUACUUGUACCCUCGGCAACUGCUGAUCCACCAUUUUUGGACCUCAAAGCAGCAGCUGGAAUUCUUGGACAUCUACCAUGCUCGACGAAAGCAGUCCCAUCAAGAGAUCCUCAACUGCUUGGAAAAGGCCAUCCCUUUGAUCUCAAAUACGGCUCUCCAAAGGCAUUUUACACAGCUGUGCACCAAGGUUCAGAAUGGUGCUCAGCCAGGUAUAAAUGAUCUGCUGCUUUUGAAGAAGUGUUUUUCUGUCUAUCCCCUGGACAUAGCUCAUCUUUCCGUUCCACACAUUAAAGCCUUGAGCCGGGCCGUGCUUCUCACACCUCACCUACCGUCUGUUUUGCUGAGAUACCGUCUGAAUAAACACACCACUGUGCUUCACCACCUAGACAAAGCUUUGAAAAGACUUGGGACUGGCCAGCUGACUGCUCAGGAAGUAAAAUCGGCUUGUUAUCUUCGUGGCCUGGAUUCCACCCACCUUGCUGAAGACUGGUGCCGAAUUUGGCUGGAAGAAUGGCUACAGCUUUCCUGUAGCCUGAAAAAUGCUGAGACGUCCCUCUUGCUGCAUGCUGUGGUCUUACUUUCCACCAACUACUCUGGGACAAGGCACUGAGGGAGCUGCUAGAAAGGAUGAGACUGUCCUUUACCCUUUCUGGAGAUGUAGCCUGGGACCACAGCACCCAUCAGCCACAGACCCACAUAGAGGAACGAAUGCUGCAGGCCUGGCAGUGUGGUACCUGAAGGAGGAGGAAGUCCUGUUAUUGCCCUUUCAGCUGGAGCUGAGAGUCUGUUCACAUGGUCGAGUCCUGGUGGGGAUUGGUCCCCACACAAUCUGGCAGCAGCCCUGUGCAUUGGAGCCCCAUUUGUGAUUGUAAUCAAGUUCAGGUCCUAUUUACUAAGGCCUUAUCUGCUGCUAUGUUCUUUCUGGCUGGUUUUCCACUGAACUAAAUGCUUGGACAAGACGGGAAACAAAGCUUCCUAAGCUGAGCACUUAAUGCCCCAGAAUAGUCUUCUGUCCCUUUCUAAAGUUGCCAGAGAAGAACACUCUUUUUCUUCCUCCUUUCUAACUUUGUCCCUUUAGUAACUCCUGAAAAAGGGAAGUAUUUUCCUUUCGUAGAGAAUGUCUCCCCUAUCCUGCCCUCCUCUCUCACACGUUUGCACUUUUACCUACCUUGUCUUAAUUUCUGGGCCAUAGCACCUGUGGAUCUUAAGAUUCCUGGUUCCUUCCACUGUGUUGUCAAUACCCACCCUUCACUGUCACAGUGGCAGUGGUGUUUGGGCCACAGAUAACACCAGGAAAAUACCAGUUAGUGCCUGGCUCAGUGAAUCCAUCCAUGGGAAGGUCUGUACCUAAGGUACUGUGAACUGGGUUUAGUUUUCUAUGUGUACAUGUCAGUGAUUUGUAAGUUACUGUAAAUGCAUGAACCAACAUGUUUCAAACACACGAUUUAAUUAAACUAAUAGAGACUGCCUUGUCAUAAGUUCUGUGACUUAAAAUGUAAAUUAUGGAAAAAGAGCUAGACUAAAAUUGUUUUCUUUUUUUAAAUAAAAUACUCUUCAGGGUCCUGAUGGUAGAUAGAGGGGUUUCCUGGAUAAAUCUGUAGAACUGGGUAUGGAAAAAAAGUGGCAGCUGGACAAAGAUCCCAAGAAAGGAAACAGAGUAAGGCCUGGUACCUUAGUGAACUAGGCUGAAGCUAAAGGGGUAAGAUGCAUGUUAAAUAAGAAAAACAAUAGUAAUUGAUGCUGUAAUAAAGGAUGUUUCCCUUGUAAAAUA